AUGCAUCAACAACGAAUCAACAACGUUAACCUGCGCAAUCAAUUCUACAAGGAGCUGGACAAAUACAUGCCUAAAUUCAUCACCUUGUUCAGAGACAAGGCCACCAAGACUGGCAAGAUAGCGGAGGAGCUAACCAAGCUCAUGAGGAUUUAUGACCUUCAGCUACAAAGCAGUCUGCCGCUGAGACAUUUUGUUUGUGGUUCCGUCGGGUCGUUUACCCUGAGCAGACGAGUAAAUCACAGCGCUUUUAUCUGGGCCUGCCUGUUACACAUCCUCAAGUGUCCCGGCCAAAGGUUUCUCUGUCAAGGGAUCUCUGCAAGCGUCAAACUGGCGACCGUAGCAGUAAAGAAAGGCAAGAAGGUUGAGGAGGAGGAGCCGCAGCAGCCAGCCCCCCCAGCUGCAGAUGCUGCAGCAAUAGCACCACCAGCAGCAUCAACACCAGCUGCUGCUGGUGCUGCUGAGGAGGAGGAGGAAGAGGAGUAUGUGGUAGAAAAAGUUCUUGACCGUCGAGUUGUCAAGGGCAAAGUGGAGUUUCUGCUGAAAUGGAAGGGAUUCUCAGAUGAGGAUAAUACAUGGGAGCCAGAGGAGAACUUGGAUUGUCCUGACCUUAUUGCAGCAUACAUGCAGAAACACAAAGAGAAGGAGGAAAAAAAGAAAGAAAGUAAGAGGAAAUCAACCAGUGAGGCCUCAGGAGAGUCUGAGGAAAGGGCUGGAAAAAAGAGGAAGGAGGAGGGUGAAAAGACCAGAGGUUUUGGUAGAGGACUGCAGCCUGAAAGAAUUAUUGGAGCAACCGACUCGAGUGGAGAGCUGAUGUUUCUCAUGAAGUGGAAAAACUCUGACGAGGCCGACCUUGUUCCUGCUAAAGAGGCCAACGUGAAGUGUCCCCAAGUGGUGAUCUCCUUCUAUGAGGAGCGUCUCACAUGGCACUCCUAUCCAACAGAGGAAGAGGAGAAGAAAGAGGAGGACAAAAAAGACUAGAGGAAUAAUGGGAGGAGGUGUGAAGGAAGUGUGGAGCUGCAGGGCAGGAAAGCAACUACACAACCAGUCAGUGCUUGAGUGAGGUUACUCCUUGGAUUUGGCAGAAACGUUAAAUGUUUGUUUUCCUGCCUUGCACGGAGUACUGAACAGGUCCCCACCUGUGUGUUUAUUGGAAAUAUUCAUUCGUUUAAAGCUUAUUGGUGCCUUUGUUCAUGUAGCAUUCUUCCAGGCCACUGAUUAUCUGACUGAAUUAAACUAGUCAAGACAAAUGUUUUUGUUACACUUGAUGGCAAAUGCCAGAAAGUAAAAUCAAGGUGUCAAAGUGAACACGUGAAGUUUGGUAAAUGAUUGAUGGUCA